AUGGUUUUGCCUCAUGUUGCAAUGUGGAUUUUAUCAAAUGGCCCAAGUUAUUGUUAUAGAAAAGCCUUAUACAACUCAAAGGCAACAUCAGGAGUAACAAAUCGUUGGGGUGACAAAUUAUAUGACCCAAAUGCUCUUUGGAUUUUUGAUAUUUACCCAUUAAAUGGUAAAGAGUAUUAUAAAAUCAAAAACCUAGCAUCUGGACUAUAUCUUUCUAUUAAUAAAUAUGAAGAAGUAAUCUCUGAUGAUAAACCUUAUCUAUUUGAAGUAGUUUCAUUUAUGCAAGAUGAUUCAUUUCUCAUACUAGAUCAGAAUGGAAAAGCUGUCUAUGCAUCUAAGUCAUCACAUUUUGUGACAAUUUCAAAUAUUACUGAAUUUGGAGAAGCCUCCACAUGGAGCAUUGUUGCUGCAACACCAGACGAACUCCAUAAAGUCAAACUAAGAGUAGAUUAUGAGAAAACAUAUAAAUUAAUUUGGAAUGAAGAAUUUUCUGUUGAUGGAAGCUUAAGUAGCGAAAAUUAG